AAUAUGGUGGCAGCCUCAGACAUCUCAGUUCCGGGGACGCCUCACCCCAAUGAGGACGAGGUGCAGGAGGUGAUGGAAGAGGACUACCCAGAUCCCCCAACACCAGAGCCAGCGGAAUUUGAAGAGCUCGAAGAAGAGGAGGAUGUCAUCGAUCUUCGGGUUUAUAGUGUGCUGGGCAGACUUUAUCACUUCAAUCUGCUACAGCUGCCGCCCCAGCCUCGUGUCGCAGGAGCCUGGACAAUCACUCAAU